GUUUGCGUGGAGAUGCUAAGUUAGGAUGCACGUAUCACUGGUCAUUACAACACUGUUACAUGCUUGCUUGUGCCGCUAUAGCCGUAGCCGGACAAACACCGGAUUUGUUUCUGGACAAGGCGCGUGAAGCCGGACGCGACAUCGCUCGUUGCUCAACUCAUCGGCGCGGGGAUAGUCUGAGACUGUGGUCGACAUCGCAACGAUAUACUCGACACUUGUUGUUCCAAAUGAAUGCAGAAACCCGACCACGGCCCUCGCCCGCAUGAUAUCGUCAGCCCUUCCGACCCAACCCACCUAACAUUCUACCCUGCCUACUCAUUCAAAGCAUCCGAGACCUGGUCGAAAUGGGUCAAACUCACCGCCCGCGACAUACACCACACCUUGAAACCUCACCACAAAUACACCGACAUAACCAUAAAUGCUGCCCGACAUGAUCCGACGGACCAUCGCCAUCGGCGCGAUGCUGCCCCCUCAUCCUCACUCCUACUCUUCUAUCUGAACCACCCUAUCCAAUUUGUCCAAGUGGUUGGUGUGAUCGUGGUUUUUGAACAAUAUUUCGAAAAGUUCUGGCUCUUCACAAUCGACGACAGCAGCGGAGCCACCCUCGACGUGACCUGUCCAAGGCCCGAAAGGGAGAAGAAGGACAAUGCAAACGCCAUGGUAGUGAAUGUGCCCACAAAGCCCAUGCCGCAACGUCAACCUGCGGCACCUGCCGAGCCCACCGAGGAAGAACUUCUCCAGAAGACGGUUGCGACACUGGACGUUGGAGUGGUGGUGCAAGCCAAGGGCACGCUCUCGACAUUCCGAUCCUCGCGUCAACUCACGCUCCUUCGCCUGUCCGUCGUUAAUGACACAAAUCACGAGAUGGCCUUGGUUGCCUCUCGCAUGGCUUUCUUGAAGUCGACCCUCUCAAGGCCUUGGACGCUAUCAGAAAGCCAACUCAAGAAGCUACACAAAGAAGCUCAAGGAGAGAAAGAAGACGAGAACAAGCGAGUGAGCAGGAGAAAAAUGCAGCAAGCACAGAGACGACAGAGGGAAGACCGGCAUGCAAGGUUGAUUAGCAGAGAGUAUGAAGCGGAGGAAGAGGCAAGGAGAAAGGCAGCGGACGAAGCAAAGUCCGCUGGCGAAGCUUUGCGCUCACGGGCGAGACGGAUACCUUCCUAGCGCAUAGUCGUGAGUGUAGGCCUCAUGUUCACGGCACAGUGCAACAAAGACGUCGAUGAACAUAAUUUAAUCUUUGGAAUUCGUCAAUGUACAAUACAGAAGACAACCACUCUCGCCUGGUGUGCUCGACCUCACUGGAAGUCGACGACAGACUUUCGGAGCAACCGAU